AUGAGGCGGUUCAAAGUCCGUAGCAAAACGUGUGCCGAAAGAAAAGGCCAAUUAAGUGACAGCUCCGAGGGCAGCACAAAAAGUCAAGUAAACGUUUAAUUGGCUCGCAAUGUUUUUCUCAUUAGAAACCUUUUGAUGCCGUAAAAAAGUAACUCAAAUAAACUUUUUUUUUAGUGUUGAAAGGAGAACUUUUAAGCUUUUUGUAGCCUAUUUAUAACUCAAAAAGAGCUCUUCGGGGAUAAUUAAAGACGCAAAUUUAUUAUUAUUUCGAUAGGUAAGCCUUUUCCAGUUUUCAAGCAAGACUCAUGCGCCUUUAAACACACCAGCAAGCGUUUAGAAAGAGAAUAUAUAUUACAAAAGAUAAAAUUUCGAACCUGACGAAAAAAUUUCUCGGUGGACUUCAAAAGCUGCUCGAAAAACUGGCGGCUCUCCAUGAUGCCUGAAAAUAUGGAAUAAAAAUCACGAGCCAAUGCGCGUAAUCAAACUGAAUUAUGUACAUGGAUAAUAAUAUAUUCGACAUCGACAGAGAGAAAAAGAUUUAAAACCAUUUAAAAGUCGUUCAAACACAAUAAUUUUUUCAGACGAAAGAUUUCAAAAAAUUUGUUCAGUUCUUCCGGGUUUUUGAGAAAGAUUCUAGGAAAGAAAAAAAGGCAAAAAAAGAGGAGAAAAAUGCAUGUUAAAUAAAUUAAAAAUAUAAAAAUCGGAAGUUCCACAAAAAUUCAGUGCCGAAAAAGGCGCCAGUCAGUUUUUUUCUGGCGCAGAUUUUUGCUUACAGAGUAACAUUUCAAUUUUCUUUGAUUAUAUCGAACUUUUUGAGUUUUUUUCUCUACUCCGAUAAUUUAAUUUAAUUCUCUGAAAGACGAUCCACAGUUUUGUUAGGAAUACCUUCUGAUAUUUAUCAAAUGUAUAAUUCGUCUAUUUGAAUUUACACUGCAAAAAAAAUGUAUUUUUUGAGAAUACUUGCGAUGGAAAAAGCUACAGCAAAGCAAGGAAAGGUCCAGAAACGAUACAGCAAGCGAGGUGCGUGAAAAAUCAAGUUUUUCUCGAUUUCAGCAGAAUAAAAAUAACAAGAAGAAAAUUGUUACAAGCUUCUCGUUAAACCCAAGUUAAAACCGAGCUGAUAGCUUUGGCGAGUUGUUUUUCAAGCCAUUUUUGAAUGGCGGGGAGUUUUAAAUGGAAAGAAGUGAAAAAAGGAAAAAAUAAAAAGUGGGAAAGCAAAAAAAGAGUUACAUCCGACAUUUAUUCAUCCUGAGAUGAAAAAUUUAAAAUAUUACUUUUUCUGGGUGAGCAAAAAAGCAAAAAAAAAAAGUUGGUUUUCAAUAGAAAAGAGCCAAAAAUUAACUGAGAAGAGAUCUUCCGUCUCUUUCUGUUUUUUCCGCCGAUUUCUUCUUUUCGGUUCAGUUCAGGACCAUUUAGGCUCUUUUAUUCAUCCAGCCUUCUUGAUUGAUGGGCUUUUUGAAAGGCUUGAAUUGACUGGCGGUUCUAAAAAGCUGGGCUCUGCACCUUUUUGUCGAAAUUAUUCUAGUUUACUAUCGAAAAAAAUAUUAAAAAGCAUGUCGAAUUUAUCAAAUGGUGUUUAUAGGGAGUAAGGGGCAGAAGUUGAAAAAAAGUUCAAGUUUUUUUCAGAAAAAAAUAAAAUGAAGUAUCAUAAAUAGUCCUGCUGAAGUUGCGCAAAAAUAUUCUAUUAAACGGAAAUUCUCCACCUUUGGGCACUUUUUAAUCGAACUAACAUUGUAAAAAAAGGCCGUUUUCUUCUGUUACUUCCAGAAAAAGUCAUUGUAAGUUGAAAAAUUUUUUUUUUCAUUUUAAAAACGUUUAAUUUCAUAACUAAUGCCGUGUUCAAAAUAAUUUCCGCGAAAUGCAAAAUACCCGUUAGAGAAAGGAAAAGAUCACUAAAUUUUGGAGAGUCAGAGAUCAUUUUGCAUUUCGCGGAAAUUACUUUGAACACGGCAUUAAAAAAAAACGAUUUAAAUUUCCUUUUUUCGUAUGGAGACCAUAAUUAAUUCUGGCUAUGCUCCUUUAAAAUUCCGAUUUUUGAAUUUCACACUAAAAAAAGGCUUAUAAAAAACAAAAACUCGACUUUACUCAGUUAAUUUUCACUGGACUACCCAAAAGGUCAUCAAGAAUAACUUUUAAAAGUUUCAUUUCCAAUUUUUGGACUUUUUCAAGCGUUUGACAUUCAGUGGUGGACCGGCGAACUUUUGAUGACGUCAUAGCUGAAAAUAUUGAAAUUGGCUUUUCGUUUCAAAACCUUUUUUCUGACUAUGCUCCUUUAAUAAUUCCGAUUUUCGAAAUUCCCAUAGAAAAUUAGAUUUUCAAAAAACAAAACUCGACUCUACCCAACCAAUUUCCACUCGACCACCCAAACAAUCGGCGAAAGAAGCAACACAGAGUUAAUGAACAGAGUCUCGUCAGGCUUAUAAAACGACUUGAGUCAAAAACAUCACAACGAACAGAAAAAAAAACCUCUUUUUUGUCUUGGCCAAUGCGAAAAACAAUAAUUAGCAUAAUCGUGGCGUUUGAGGAAGAUUUUCCUGAUCCCUGGUCCAUGGGAAAUUGCCGAGUUUUGAUGCGGAAGCUGGCGUCAAAACGGUAAACAUGGGAUUUGCCUGGAACUUUUCGGUUUUGCAAAAUUUUAUACAAUGAGGGGGCACGGCGUUUUUUUUAUUACGCAAGGUCAAGACUUCUCGUAAAUUAUGAUGCUUAGGGUGUAAGCACACCGAGACGCACUAUCGCAUACUCAAAUUGUUUUUUUCAAUUUUAGAAUUUGCAAUUUUUGGAUAAUAACUUCUGAAAUGUUCGAAAUCUUGUCAGUUUGAAGAAUAUGAUGUGAAAAAAACAUUCACUUACGUUAAAAAAAUAUAGGAACGAUUUCGGAAGGGGAAAAACUCUAAAUUACUGAUUAGAAAAUGAAAACAAUAAAUAUUAUGAAGGAAUCAGCUCUCAUUGAAUAAGCAAUUGUAAAUAAGAAAAAUAUUGAAAUGAGAAAAAUUCGAGGAGAAAAUGAAAAAAGAAACAUUUUGUAUACUUUGGAAACCUAGCUUCAGAAAAACAAAUAAUGGAUAGAAAGCAGAAAUUUCAGAAAAAAAAAACCUCGUAUGGCGAAAUGUUUGUUUAAAUGCGAAAAACCAUGAAAGAACUAGAAAAAAAAAUAUAAUUUAGAUGAUUCAUAUAACAAAAUCUUCAAACUGCAUCAGCAAAUUCAGUUUGGCUUUAAUUUACGCGAAACUGGUUUCAAACUACGCCAAAGGAACUGGAUAAUAACUUGUACUUAUAGAAAAAACGUUAAAAGACGUAUUAAUGAAGAAAAAAGCAAAAAAUAUGCUUUUUUUCAAUUAACUCUUUCCGUAAAUCUUGCGAGAGCUUUAAAGGGUGGGUCUUGUAUUCCAAAAAAACGGGUCCUAAACAGAUCAAAACUACUGCUGCCGUACGAUUUACGGCGCCCGCCCAUGGUAUUUUUUUCUGCAUUUUUCUUUCACUGACAAGAACGCCGUGGGGGGUGAAAAUUAGGCUUAGAAAUUCAUCAACUCUUUUUAUUGAGUGAGCUUGAAAAAUAGGGCAAGACGGAAAAAGCUUCUCACAUGGGAAGUCAUUUUACUUUGAGUCUUGGUAUUUUUACAAAUUUGUUCAAAUGUUCUCUGAAGGUUCAUAUGAAGUACCAUCACAGUUGCGGUCAAUAAGAAAAACAGUCAAAAAAUAGGGUUGAACAUCUUUUCCAGGUCGUCCUGACUCGGAUUUUUUAGGAGGAUGGUCGAAAUGAGUAUCAGAAACAAGCGAACUAAGAGGCCAAAUAAAAAACAGUUUCUCAAGUUUUAUCUUUAAUAUUUGAAUAAUGAAAAAUUGCUACAAACUUUGACAAAAACACUUUUUUUGAAAAAAAGAUAUAGUGAUUUGAAGGUCGUUCCAUAUUUAGUGACACCCCUGUAUAUUAAAAAAAAAGCAACUUGAACGAUAAAGCGCUCUUUUUGAAACUAUAUAAAAACCGAUCAUUUUUUUCUUCACGAUGUUUUUUUUUACAAAAAGAAGAAAAUUGGCGCUUCGAUUUACAGAAUAUUUAGUAUCACCGCGCCCAAGUGCACUAUGGAGCGUUACAGAACCCGAAAAUUGGAAAAUCAUCGUGCAAUAUACGCUCUAAAAGUAUUAUCAGGGUGUAAUUCAAGAAUUCAUCAUAUAAAAACAUUUUGUUUGUUGAAACUUUGAAAAAAGAUCAAAUGAGCUACGUGCUGAUAGCGUGUGAUACCACGCUUCAGAAGUUGGGUGGAAAUUGUCAUUUCUGAUCAUCAAUCGAUUCUUUCGAGUGCGGUAAUAUUUUUUCUUUCUUUAUUCGAACAGCCUCAGAUUUGUUGUUAGAGAUCCACUGAGAGAAUAAAUUUCGACCGCCACAAAAUCAGAAAUUUCAAGUAAUCUUGAAUUUGAAAGCUCCAAGAAUAAUGACACUUUUUGAUCUCAAACUUAUAGUCAUAGAACCUCACUUUUUUUGGCAUACUUUUAUAUAUUUUAUUCAAAAACUCUAAUUUUCCUCGGAUCUUUCAUUUUUGAAAUUUCCACCCAAACUGCGAUAAAUUUCGGCAUUUUUUCCUUUCUAGCCAUUCCAAAUGCCUUCUCACGUUUCUGAGGCCUAUAUAAUUGUAAUUUGAUCAGUGUCUGUGGAAAUGAUUUUAAUUUUUGAGUUUCAGGUUUUUAAUUUGAAACUGGACUUAUUCGUUCAUUUUCAAACUUAAACAUUUUCACUCGAACUUGCAGAAAUAUCUUUUUCAGAUAGUUGAUCCAAGAUCAAUUACGAUCGAAAGCCCACAGCCCACAGCUGAAAGCGAAGUUGGUUUUUUUUCGAUUAAACAAAGUUCAAUACAAAAAAACUUCAAAAAGAAAGUCAAAUAGAAGUUGCUGAAAAAGGAAUUUCAGUCUUAUCAUGAUUGAUGAUCCUAAAAUUUCGAAAAUAUAUUGAACGGCGACUUGAAUAGAAAACUUUCCGUCGCUUUCCUGAAAAUGGAGAAGGCCGGAAACUCGCCAGGAGUUCAUUCAUCCCAAAAAUGGCGGAAAAUAGUUUUCCCCUAUGUUUUAUAAGGUCUCCGGAAGCUUCUACAACAAAAAAAAUCUCGAAAAAAUCUCGUUUGAAAUAAAAUUUUUCAAAUAAAUGGUUACAGACGUCCACAAUGGACACAAGCCAUGAAGACGAAGCAAACGCUUCGCAACGACCAGACCGCCCAGACACGGUUAGUUUUCGACUGCAAUAUUUCAUGACUCAAAAAGAGACUACGCCAUUGAGAAUCAAUUUUUUGAUUUAGAAGAUGUAUUGAGAAAAUAUGCUCUAAUUUACUCUUCGCAUUUUUCACGAGGCACUCGAGAAGAAUUGAACCUACUCAAAAAAGUCAAUCAUGAGAUUAAAAACGUUAACACAAACUUGCGAAAAAAAAUUGAACAUUCGAAAAAUUGAAAAUGAUCGGUUGAGCGGUAUCACUACGUUCUUGACGUUGCCCAAGACCACGUGAAGUAAAGGCUCAUUUCUUUGGUUUGGCUAAAUGACUUGGCUUGGCCCCAAGUCAUGGACUGCCUUUCCCAUCCUGCACAUCUGCUCAUGAGAAAUCAAACCUACUCAAAAAGUCGAUCAUGAGACUGGCCCUCUAACCACUGCGCCAGUUUACCUCGGGUAGAGAUGACGGUCCAGGCGCGUACAAGAAACUUGAAAAAUAAUCUUAUUCUUCGAAAAUCAUCGAAUUCAAAAUUUCAACUGCAAACAAAAUUUCAUUUUCCAGCCGCAACUGACCCACUCUAUGCCGAUGUCGUACUAUCAAGGGGACGCUGUAAGUUUCUUUGAUUUCUUUCCAAUCUUUCCCAAAAAAAACUAACACGGGAAGUGCGAAAGGUCGAGGUAUUGGAAUUUAAUGAAACUUGGUAUAUAGGUACUUCCGAACACCCUGAAUCCAAAGCAGUUGAAAAAAAGUGCGCCUUUUUGGUUCUAGUCGAGUUAGGGCGCCUCAAAGUUUGCACGCAAAAAAUGCAUUGGAAGGGAGGAGGGAAUCUGUUGCGACGGCUAACUCUAGCUGCCAGCAGGCGGCGUGGUGUAGUGGCUAGAGGCCUUGCGCUGUGAAACCUAUGAUGCAGGUUCGGUCCCUUUAUGGUGACAUUUUUUUUUGCCAAUUUUUUUAUUUGAAAAAUGAGGAAGUUUUGAUGAUGGAGCAUAGAACUACAACAAGUUGUUAUUUAUGACAUAAAACUAUGAACUCUCGUAAGAAUAAUCACGACGCCCCAAUUUCCUGCACAGAGCAUGACAAAAAAAGACUAAAAAAAUUUUUGUUGAAGGUCUUUCUCAAAACGACAUAAAAUAGUGAAUUUUAACACUUUGAACAGUAUUUUUCGUUCCAUCUUCAAAAAUUCAUCAAUUUUUUUGAAAAACUUCAUGGCAAAAAAAAUUUCACCAAAAAGGGACCGAACCUGCAUCAUAGGUUUCACAGCGCAAGGCCGCUAGCCACUACACCACGCCGCCUGCUGGCAGCUAGAGUUAGCCGUCGCAACAGAUUCCCUCCUCCCUUCCAAUGCAUUUUUUGCGUGCAAACUUUGAGGCGCCCUAACUCGACUAGAACCAAAAAGGCGCACUUUUUUUCAACUGCUUUGGAUUCAGGGGGCUCGGAAGUACCUAUAUACCAAGUUUCAUCAAAUUCCAAUACCUCGACCUUUCGCACUUCCCGUGUAAAAGGAAAUGUUCCUUUUGGGGUGAUAUAGGCUACAUUUUAGCUGCCUUUUUUGCGCCAUUUCAUCGGUUCUUAUGCACCUUUUUUGCUACCUCUUGCUUUCUCCAUCACUUCUUGAGCCUUAAAAAUCCCAACAAAAAAAUAGAAGACUCGAUAAAGAGAUCCUUUUUGCUGCCUUUUUGAGACCUUUUCUGAGCCUUCCACUUUGAGCAGCCAUUAUCAGCCAUUCCGAAGAAGCCUCGAGUGAGGAAUUACAAAACUUUUCAAGAAGAAAAAUGGAAGUAAUGCGUGAAACUAUCUAAUAAUUUUGCCCAUACAGAAAUUUAACACGGCCUUUCGGACAUUCCAUGUUCAAAGUAAUUUUCUCAAAGUUCAAAAUCCUUCCAGAUCCUUUUUCUUUCUUUGACGCCGGUUUCGAAACUCCCAAAUUCUGGAGAGGGUUGAGCCCAGUGACAGAAAACAAAGAUCACCAAAAAUCGAUUACUGUCUUGUCCAUUACAUCUAAUAGAUCAUAUUUGACUAAAAAAUAAAUAUUGACUGAUAUUGAUUGAAUUUUUCCAAAUUGGCUAUUUUAUAGAUGACGGAGUUUCUCCGCCGAAACGAACGUCUGAUGGGCCCUGAGAUGCCAACUUACCAGGUCGCCGUAAGAAGGAACCGCAGUGGGGAAGCAGUAAGUUCUGACCUACUAAAUUUUUUUUUGAAGAGCCUCCAAAGCCUCAAGAUAUGGGUAAAGACCUUCAAAAAAGUGCUUUUCAAUAUUUUUCUCCAGAAGAUACUUUUUUUUGAACAACGAAACUAUUUUCAAUUAUUAAAUGAAAGUGAAUUUUUGAUUUUUCGAGGUCAGCUCCAGCCCUAAUUGUUAUGAAAAACCUUAAGUUCUUUGAGAAUGAUUACAUUCGGAUGAAAAGUAACUCGGAAAAUAGACAGAUUUAGUAACAGUUGGUGUCUUAUCAAACCCCCCCCCCCCUUCCGGGAAGCUUGAAAAACUCUUUCAGAACCUGGUUUGAAAGAUUAUUGCCAAUGUAAUCAAUGCUGACCUUAAAAACUAACAACCUUUAAAUGCCCUGAACAUUUUAAACAUCAAAAAAAUUUAGAAAAAUUUUAUUACAGCGACUCGAGUUGACCCUGGUGCCCGCGCGGAUGAGCCCAAAUGUUGGAUUUUUUUAAAUUUUUUUAUCCGAUCUAUUUUUUUAACUGAAAAGUUCAAUUAUUACCAGAAGAAUUACAAUAAGAACGUCUCAAAAAUGAAAUCGAGAUCGGAAGGGAAAAAAAGAAGUCGAAAAAUCAAGUGGAAAGCUUUUAGAGAGAAGUAUUCUCCUUAUAAGCAAAAAUUAACUGCAUUUUAUAUAUUAUUAAGAAAACAUGUUUCUUUAUAGAUAUGUUUCCCACUUGGAACAAUCUGCGUCUAUUUUCCAACAAGAAAAUCGACUUUUUCGAAGCGAUGUUCAAAAAAACGAAAUUCCAAUAUUCUAAGAAAAUUUUGAAGGCUUCUCUCGUAAAGAAAGUUCGAUCUAGUGCUCUCAAUUUGACCGAUUUAUGUCUCAAACGGAUAAAAAAGUCCAGACUGACAAGAAAUAUGUCGAUUGUGAUUUUUAAUAAUGAUACUACAGACGACGAUGGCUAUGGAAGUACAAAGAACCGAGACGGCCCGAGGAGAAUGGGAGGUUCACCCAGAAAGGAAUGGAAGCGAUCUGUCGCAGAACUUGGUUAGUUUUUCUAGCCCUCUUCCAUUACUUUUGAACUCUUAUUUUCUGGAUUUUGAACAAGAGAAUAGGAUGAGACUACAAACACAAAAAGAACAUUUAGAGCAAAAAGAUUUUCAAACGGUUCUUUCAUCAAAAAAAAAAAUCCUAUUUUCUGACCUUUCUCCAUUUUUGAGUAAAGGUCAGAUUCUAAAAAAGUUCUGUGGAUUUCAAGCUCUCUGAUCGGUUAGAGGGCGGAGUCUGAGAGAUUAAUUGACGUUCAAAAAUUGAACAGGUUAUAUGAAAACCUCUGACUUUUUGAGCAGGAUGUUUGUCGCUGACUACUAGACUUGCAGAUAAUUUUCUAAUAGUAACGGAGAAAAUUUUCAACACUGUUUUUUUUCUAGACUCGAAGAAUUUCGUCUUUUGGACGUGACAGCUUUUGCAUUGAACGAAAUUUCUACGAAAUAAAGACUUUCAUAUUUUUUAUCGCAGCAUUUUAAGGCCGAGGCCAGGAAUUUCUCCGCCGACGACUUGAAUGUGGAAGACGACGAAGAAGGAAAAGUUGAAAUGGUGGAAAAAGACGUUGAAAGUCCUGAAGGCAAUCCGGUCAGUUUUUUCUUCUUCUUUUUUUUUUUGACUCAGAGGAAUCUCUUCUGAUUCCUUGGAAAUUUUAACCUUUGGGUUGAGCUAAAAAAGAAAAAACCGAAUGCAAGUUUCUCUAUGGACUUCAUAUACAGUCUUCGACGGUUUCGAAGAACUCAAAAACAUAAUAAGUGGUUUCGGCAAAUCAUCAUCAAUCAUCAUCAAUAUUUACUUAGUCAGAUGGAAUCGACUAGGCGGUGGAAAAAUUGCUCUUUUGAGCGGCACUAACACCGCCUUUGGCGAAAAAGAAGUCAAAACGUGUAGUCGAUUGAAUUGAAAGCAUGGUUUUACGGUCCUUCGCCUCGCACUUCCACAAGUAGAUCCCUCAGUUUCGCGGGUACGGGCACGUCGGGGAUGGCACGGACGCCGUGUACACUCUAGGGUAGCCUCGGCCGAUUGAGAGAGCUACCACUUCGAGUGAAGAAAAUACACGGAAUGAAAAUAAUGAAAAUAAAUAAAAAGAAAAAAUGAAAAUAAAUUUUAAAAAAGACAGGGCUCCCGAGACUCGAGUGCUGAAAAUAGUAACCAUAUCGUUUUUCUUUGCAAAAUCCCAGUGAAACCAUUUAAAAACUCGAAUUUGCAGGCUGUCUCCAGCGCAGACUCUUGGGUCACGAUGAGGAAGCGCAAGGCUGGCGACCCGCGUUCAGCCCAACCGCCAAAAGUUAGUUCCAUAAAAAUUGAGACUUCAAAAUGUUAUCAAAAAAGCUUAUUUUAAGACUGAAAUUUUCAGAGGCUUUCGACCUCAUUAUGCCUGAGCUAAAUAAUUUUUCAAAAGAAAGAAAGUUUUCGUCGGUCCCUAUAGGGGUUUAGGGUCUGACCUCUUGGCCGCUGAAUCUCAAGUGGAACCUUUAGGGGUCUUUCAGUUUCAUUCAAAACACGUUUAUUCAGUUUUUCCAUGGAAAUGCUUCUUUGCUAGGUGUUCAUAACAAUUAUCGACUAGCGUUUCCUUAUAGAGACUACUUUUGCAAGCCUUAAUGCCCCCUAUAAGAGUUGUUGAAGUGGUCCCUAGAGGGGCCCUAUGGUUGCCCCUAUAAGGACCACCUGGAGUUCUUAAAUAUGAGAUCAAAAACCAAUGAAAAGUUGUGAAGAGAACAAUUGUAGUGAUCUUCCUUCGAAAAGCGCGAAAAAAAGUGAAAUUGAAUUUUUUUUUUUGCUUCAAAGAUGUUGAAAAUAAAUUGAUUACCAUAGAAAAACGUAAAAUUCAGAGACAGCUCCCGGGACCGACAGGCUCGGCCAUCAAAAGGUCAGGACAGGAAUCGGUGGAAGGACCGGAAGGCAAAGAAAGGAGGGUUGAAAGUGUCAAAGUUGGUUUUUAUUCUUUAGAGAAGUUUUCUUGUUAGGAAAUGUCAAAGACACAAAAUAAAAUCAAAUAAAAAAAUCGACUUGCACUUUUGGGAUUUUUCGUGGAGCCCGCUCAAUUACCAGGAUCUGAAUUCAACUAGAUUUAUUCAACGCAAAGAUAUUUUUUCUAGUGAACUCUUAAAAGGCGUUUGAACCACUUGCAUGAUCACUUGAAGACCAAAAAUUGUAAAAAAAUUUCGAAGGACGCGCAUUUUUUUAAAAUCGAUGUUUUAGCUUCAAUAAGAAAUGAGAAAUUUCUGGACAGUUUCAAUGAUUAUCCAUUUCGAAGGCACUUUCCAGAAUAUCAAAAAUUCUAAAAUCAAUAAAAGGAUGAACCUCUAAAUUUUUGGUUAACGGAAAAAUCAGAUUUUGAAAGAAAACAAGUCUAAAAGCUAACUUUUCAUUUUUCGUUGAUCCUUCCUUUUCUCAUUACGCUAGUCCUGAAGGAUGAAUUAAAGAAUGAAAAACAGCUUCGAAGAAUAAAAUACGCUUUUCGCAUCCGAUGAGACUAGAAGAUUUGAGAAUUUUGAAAACUUCGAAACGUCAGCGCGGAAGAUAAAGAAAUGUGAGGCCAAUGCGAGCGUGUAUAGGAUAAGUAGGGGGCGCAAAGCCCCGCCCCUUCACGCCACCAAAAUGACGAUUUUUUUGUUGCAAAACGGUUUUGAGGCGUUUAUACUAGCUAAAGUCCCACUUUAAAAAUGAACUGUUUCUGUUAAUCUAUGUAAUCGACAACGCUCUACAAGACUGAAUAUUUUUAAAACUAUGUAUUUUUCAAAAAUAAGCGAAAAAGUAAGAUUUAACACGAAAAAAACUGACAAGUUUCACAAAAUCGUCGCGUUUCUGAAAACCAAGUGAGGAACGCUUCCAAAUUUUGAGUAUGUUAUACAUUAACACUUCCUUUAUUUUUUUGAAUAAAAAUAAAAAAAAUCUAACGACGCGAAAAAAAAAUCGAGGCUUGUAAAGUGACACCAAACUUUGAAGCUGAAAUGCGAAAAAAAUUUCAGCGACAUGGUAUACUUUUUUUAUUUGAUUUAAAAAAACUCACAAUGUGCUCACAAACAAAAAAAUUCAGAAUGAAAAAUAAUUAUUGGGACAGUGAAUCAAAUUAUAUUUGGAUUUUACCAAAACCUCCUUUUUUUCGCCUGCCUCGUUGACGCAUGAGAGAAUAGGAUCGCGUCUAUACUUUUGAUCAGGUUAUUAAGCGUUCAAAACUCUAUCGAUGAAAAAAUUAUGAAAAAAAUCAAACGACGCGAAAAAAAUAACGGCUUUGAAAACCUCGAAAAAAUGGCAAUUUUUUUGAAAUUUUGGAAGGAUUCGUGCAAGCAUUCGUAGCUGUGUUUGCGUCAAACACACCGAUGCGCCAUUUUAAAUGUUGCAGGAGCCGUUUUUUUGGAGUCAAAUUACACAUUUUCCUGUUUUUAUUUCGAAAUAACAUUAUUUUUUUCAUUUUUUUCUUUUUUUCCAAAUCGAAUGAUAAUAAUUUUUUUCUGAGUAGAAAAAAAGAAAAAAAUUAGCUGAAAAAAAUCCCUUUGACCUUUUUUUCUAGGUAGUUUUUUUGAUAUUUUAUCAAAAAAAUUCUUAUGAGGAUUGUACAAAAGAUUCAUACCAAAACAUGAGGCUCAGUUCUGACAACCUCUCAGAACAGAAAACCGAUUUAAAAAAACGGUCCAGAAACGCGCAAAAAAACAUUUAAAAGAAAGCGUGCGGCAGCGGGUAAACCGUGAGAUUUUUGCCUCCAGUUGUACGCCGCGCGCGCUCGUUUUUUGGCCAUAACUUUUUUCUUAGUGGAGCUUUUUUCUAAAACUGAACGGAUUAUGAAAAUGGACAGUCUCCUCUAUCGAACAGUGUAAAAAGCAUAUUUUUUGGAUCGUUUUGAAGAAAUGGCUUGCGGACCCUAAGGAUAAGAACUGAGGUCAUUUUUGUCAAUUUUGAAUCGUAUUUUUGUGAGAAAAUGCAAUGAGGGCGGAUAUUGUUUCUUAAGAAUACUUAACGGCCUUACUAACUCCUAAAUUGAACUGACCAGGGAAUGUCUCCACUCGCAGUGGGACUUCCGAAUGAGACUAGGUUCACUAGAUACCAUUUUUUUUUUUACCAAAUUUGGUCUCAAAAACUGUCCGUAGACAUUGAAAUUAUCAACUUUAAAGAGCCCUUAACUUUUUUCACAGACCUCGAGGGCAUUUUUUGUAUAGUCAAUGUUUCCCGACUUGAAAAGCGCGGGAGGCGGGGCAAGGGGCGGGAUGCGUAGCGUGUGCGUACGCGGUUCUUGGCACGAGUUCAAUUCAACCGCCAGCGACAAUUUGGAGAGCUUCUUUUUAAACUAUUUAUGGAUUAUUUUCAUGUGUGCAUCAAAAAAUAGUGGAAAUCAUAAAAAAAAGAGCGGUUGCCGAGCUUGUUAAAUAGUCGUUGGCGAUUUAAUUGAGAUCUUGCCAAGAACCGCGUACGCACACGCUACGCGUCCCGGCCCUUGCCCCGCCUACCUCCCCUUUCUAGUCGGGAGACAUUAACUAUAACCAGAUUUGGAAUCAACCUAGAAAACUACGUCUAGCGAGCCUAGUCGGCGUUCUUGUCAGUGAAAGAAAAUGCAGAAAAAAAAUCCCAGGGGCGGGCGCCGUAAAUCGUACGGCAGCAGUAGUUUUGAUCUGUUCAGGACCCGUUUUUGGAUUACAAUACCCACCCUUUAAAGCUCUCACAAGAUUUACGGAAAGAGUUAGUUGAUGUCGUGUUCAAAGUAAUUUCCGCGAAAUGCAAAAUGAUCUCUGACUCUCCAAAAUUUAGUGAUCUUUUCCUUUCUCUAACGGGUAUUUUGCAUUUCGCGGAAAUUACUUUGAACACGGCAUGAAAAAAAGCAUUUUUUUUUUUCUUUUUUCUUUAUUAAUACUUCUUUCAACGUUUUUUUCUAUAAGUACAAGUUAUUAUCCAGUUCCUUUGGCGUAGUUUGAAACCAGUUUCGUGUAAAUUAGAGCAAAAUUGAAUUUGCUGAUGCAGUUUGAAGAUUUUGUUAUAUGAAUCAUCUAAAUUAUAUAUAUUUUUCCAGUUGUUUCAUGGUUUUUCGGAUUUAAAACAAACAUUUCGCCAUACGAGGUUUUUUUCUGAAAAUUUUUUUGCUUCCUAUCCAUUAUUUGUUUUUUUCUGAAGCUAGGUUUUUCAAGGUAUAUAAAAUGUUUCUUUUUUUCAUUUGCUCCUCGAAAUUUCCUCAUUUCAAUAUUUUUCGUAUUUACAAUUGCUUAUUCAAUGAGAGCUGAUUCCUUCAUAAUAUUUAUUGUUUUCAUUUUUCUAAUCAGUAAUUUAGAGUUUUCCCCCUUCCGAAAUCGUUCCUAAUUUUUUUUAACGCAAGUGAAUGUUUUCUUCACAUCAUAAUCUUCAAACUGACAAGAUUUCGAACAUUUCAGAAGUUAUUAUCCUAAAAUUGCAAAUUCUAAAAUUGAAAAAAAACAAUUUUGAGUAUGCGAUAGUGCGUCUCGGUGUGCCUACACCCUAAACAUCAUAAUUUACGAGAAGUCUUGACCUUGCGUAAUAAAAAAACGCCGUGCAAUUUACGAUUUUUUCUGUUGUCAACAAAGUUAUUUUCGUCACAGAAAACUUCUAUUCGUGUAUAAUUUGCUAGAUUUGAUUGCAAAAUGCUUCUUUGGAGAAGAAUGACGAUUUUAUACAGCUUUCGGUUACGAUAUUGAUAUUUUGCGUUUCUUUGUACUAUCCGUGUGUUUUUUGUCUGCCUCAAUGAUUUUUCCAGAAAAGAAACCCCUGUUUAAUUGAACCUUGUUUUUUUUAACUGUCUUAAAAAAGGCGUGCUCGCUAAAAAGGAUGUUUGUACAGCUUGCCUCACCUCGCCUGUUUAUGGCGGCGGGUCGGAUUACGGUAGUCAGGAUAGGUUUUUCGGUAUUAAAAUGAAAGAGAGUGAAGAAAAAGAAAUAGCACAUCACCAAGUGCGCCCCAUCGUUCAAGUUUCAAACUCCCGCCUAACCCCUACAGUAAACACUUGAACUAAUCCUAAACCUUUGAUGGAGGUUCAUUACGUAAAUAUAUUCAAGGCUUUAUUUAUUUUUAUAGCCUGUUCGUCUUUAUAGCGUUUAGCUAUUUGUACAUUUCAUGGCCAACCUUGGUCAUUAUUGUUGCCGUUCGCUCAUUUUAUAUUUGUAUCUUAUCAAGGUUUAAUUACCCAAGUUUGAGAUCCCAACAAACGGCCGCACAAGUGCUACACCCACUCCUGCCACUUACCGCCCACGCAACGUAUAUUUUUUUUAUAUUAUUCAUCUUAAUCUUGUAUAUUUCUUUAGAUUUGUUGUAUAAAGAAACCAAAAAAAGAAAAGACGGUUUUUUUGUGAAUAGCAUUCCAGUCCUCAACAUAUCACUGUAGAGAGAGAUUGUCUCUGAGUGAUUUUACUAGAAACUCUCAACAGAGUUCUAGAAUAGAAAACUAAGAAUAACGUGGAAUACUAAAAGUGCGUGUCAAGCAAAAGCUUGACAGUGAUAGCGUUUGUUGAAAUCAGGAAAAAUGAGCCUCAAAUUAGGUAAAAGAUUCCAAAAUAUCGUCUAGUCAACUGCAAACUCUAAAAUAGAGUAAGGCAGAAGGAUUAGGCAUAUUACUAGAGUAUGUUUUUUUUUGUGAUGUACCUUAUCUUGUAACCUCAAGAAAUAGGCCCCAAACAAAAUGCGAAAAAGGAAAAACAUCAAAAAAACUUCCUGGCUUCGGAACUGACCGGCCGCCAGCCGCCGUAGCACUGUCUUCACAUGCGGGAUCACGUAAUUUGACAAGAGAUUUAUCAUUGGGGCGCUCUUCUUUUCACACCUCUUUGAUUCGUUAUUUUUUUUUCUAGGCCAUUGAUAACGCAAAACGGACGUGCUGCGGGCGUUUCUGAGCAAUUCUAAAGGUCAUUUAGGAAUGCUGACGAUACUAAAGUGAUCACUAGAAGAAAUACCCCAGAACGUCCGGCUCACGUUAUAGGCCAUUCCGCGCGAGCUUGUCACGUUUUUCUUUCUGCCAAAAGGCCAGGUCAAAUUUUGAGCAAUUUCGCUUCAAGACCCUUGUUUCUUGCCGUUAUAAAAGCAGAAAUUUGAUCUAAUUUGGUAUACGGUCUUUUUGGCGGAAAGAAAAACGUGACAAGCUGGCGCGGAAUAGGCUAUACCAAUGUCCGAUUUUUCUCUUCUUUUUGAGUUUUUCAUGCCCAGUGAUCCCGCGAAAUUCAAAAUAUCGUUCAAACAAUUUGUGAAAGUUACUUUAAACACGGCGGUAUCUUCUUUUGCCAUAUUUCAUUCCUUUUUUGAUUUUCUUUCAAUGCUUGAAAUCUUAUGAGUUCAAGAAUAUGACAGGAUAAAACGUCCGGACUGUGUGUUGAAGCAUCCCCAGAAUUACUCAAAAACGUUCAGAGCGCUUUCAGUUUUCGUUACCGAGUUCUUAGACAGGGUUGUGCGAGGUCCGGCUCGUCAGCCCAACGGUUCAAUCUUGUCUGAGCCCGGGCCAGGCUGAGCGAAGCUUUAAGCAUAAACAAGCCCAAAAAGCUCAAGAUUUUUCCAAAUCAAACAUCAGCUUUUUUUUACGAAAAGUUGCUUUAUGCUUUUUUUUGGUGAGAAAUUUGAGUCUGGAUACAAUUUUUACAUAAUGAAAUUUCAAGUUUUUUUUUUGAAGCCUGGCCUGACUACAAAAAACUCGCGAAGUUUUUCCGAGCCAAACGCAUAAGCCCGGACUUCGGUACCGCAAAACGUAAGCGCCCCGGAGCCUAAGUAACGUUCGGGACGAGUUCAAUUAGCGUUACCGAGGUCCGAGUAAUUGAAGCCCAAAUAAAACUAAAAUCAAUAAAACUUGCGCGGGCUCGGACCAAACCGGGCUUCGAAAAAAAGUUCAAACUUCAUCAUAAACAUUUUUAUCCUAAUUGGAAAUUUCAACCAAAAAAUUACUUUUCAUCUGUUUCGUCAAUCAAAAGUUAGGGAAUGUAUUGAGGCCGAUAGUUUGACAAUCUGGACCUCGCACAAGCCUGCUUUAAACAGGUCACGAACAAUGUCUUUGAGCAGUUCCAGGAAUUACGAAUUUACUGUUAAUUUCCUUUCCUUUGCAAAGUAACACAGAACAAAAAACCCUCAGCUGCUUUUACGAGCAUUGGGCUGGUACCUGUUUUGGUUGAGCCGGUCUCUCAGUUGAUCGACUUCGUCUCGAGUUUGAAACCGUCUUCGCCACGUUGAGUAAGGAAGGCGGAGUUUUCGUCAUCGCUGUUGACUGA